AUGCGUGUAGAUGCACGUGAAGCAGAAAGGGCAGCGGAGGAGAUUGUUCAUGGAAACUCAAAGGUCAUCUCUCCGGCCUUUAAACUGGAGCUGGACCAACAGGAGUCAAUCAGAGAUAACACAGGGGCCAAAAGGAGCCAAUCCGAGAUAAUACGGGCCCUGAGGAGAGGCUCCAGCAGAGGGGCCUCGGCUGAGCUUUCCGUGUCCUGUGGAAAUUCCUCUCUCCUCAGUCCUCUCUCCUCUGUCCUCUCUCCUCUGUCCCCUCUCCUCAGUCCUCUCUCCUCAGUCCUCUCUCCUCAGUCCUCUCUCCUCAGUCCUCUCUCCUCUCUCCUCUGUCCUCAGUCCUCUGUCCUCUGUCCUCAGUCCUCUCUCCUCUCUCCUCUGUCCUCUCUCCUCUUCCUCUCUCCUCUAUCCACUCUCUUCCGUCCUCGGUCCUCUCUCCACUGUCCUCAGUCCUCUCUCCUCUGUCCUCUCUCCUCAGUCCUCUCUCCUCUGUCCUCUCUCCUCUGUCCUCUCUCCUCAGUCCUCUCUCCUCAGUCCUCUCUCCUCAGUCCUCUCUCCUCUGUCCUCUCUCCUCAGUCCUCUCUCCUCUGUCCUCUCUCCUCUGUCCUCUCUCCUCUCUCCUCGGUCCUCUCUCCUCUGUCCUCUCUCCUCUGUCCUCUCUCCUCUGUCCUCUCUCCUCAGUCCUCUCUCCUCAGUCCUCUCUCCUCAGUCCUCUCUCCUCUGUCCUCUCUCCUCUCUCCUCGGUCCUCUCUCCUCUGUCCUCUCUCCUCUGUCCUCUCUCCUCUCUCCUCUCUCCUCUCUCCUCUGUCCUCUCUCCUCAGUCCUCUCUCCUCUAUCCACUCUCUUCCGUCCUCGGUCCUCUCUCCACUGUCCUCAGUCCUCUCUCCUCAAUCCUCUCUCCUCGGUCCUCUCUCCUCAGUCCUCUCUCCUCUGUCCUCUCCUCUGUCCUCUCUCCUCUGUCCUCUCUCCUCAGUCCUCUCUCCUCAGUCCUCUGUCCUCUCCUCAGUCCUCUCUCCUCUGUCCUCUCUCCUCAGUCCUCUGUCCUCUCCUCAGUCCUCUCUCCUCUGUCCACUCUCCUCUGUCCACUCUCCUCAGUCCUUUCUCCUCAGUCCUCUCUCCUCAGUCCACUCUCCUCCGUCCUCUCUCCUCAGUCAUGUCAUCUUCCUUUAG